AUGUCGAACGAGGGAGUAACCGAGAUUACCAACCCGAGGAGGGUGCUGGCCGUGUCUCUGGAGGUAUCGAGCCAUCAUCUCAGUCGCGUAGUAAAAGACCUCUCUGGAACUCAUCCCACCCCCUCUCCGACUCUCUCGGGAAUAACUCAUCCCCUCCCCUUAACAACCCCCUACUACACCACAACCCUCCCACUAUGGCUUGACCUCAUCGAAGACCCUGAGGAUUGGGCGGAGACGUUCCUUUCGCCCGAAGCUAAGGAGGUUCUCGAGGCUCUUGGAGGUCUCGUUGUGGUGUUUGAGGUGCCAAAGAGUCGGGGCGACGCAAAUACGAAACAUGAUGAGCAGCUCCUCAUCGAGCACGUGGGAAGAGUAGUCAAGGAUGGUUUAGGGGGAUGGGGAUGGGAUGGAGUUGCCAUCGCUGUGGGUCUAGGGGCCGAUAGUGAAGGGGUUUGGGAGGAUAUGUGCUCUGAGGCGGGCAUGGAGUUCAUCCUCGUAUCGGGUAACGAGGCGGAAGGUGCCAGGAACGAGUUUGGAGAAAAGGUUGGAAUUGCUCGCGCGCUCGAGGCGCUACAGGCAAAUGACUGGACCGCUUUGCUGGCUACGGAUGACGAUUACUUAAACGAGAACGAAGAGAGCGAGAGGACUGGAGCAAAAGAUGGCCUGGAUGAUGAGGAUGACGAUUUCGAUUUUGGCUUCUACGGUGAAAAAAGCGAUUUUGAAGGACUAAAGCAGGCCAUUCUUGAAGCAACUCUCGAGAGGGAGGGCGUCGACCUCGAGAAUCUUGCAGAAACAUCAGCGGAAGGCUCUGGCCAGAAAGGUCCUUCUAAAGAGAACAAAGGAAAAGAGCCAGAAGAUGAGGAAGGCGAGGAGGAUAUUAGCGAGGAGGAUGUGCAAAAGAUCGAGAGGAUGAUGAGCAAGCUGAAGGCUGUACGGGAGAUGGGAGAGGGUAUGCCUGAGGAAGAGAGGAGGAGGUUGGCGAGACGCGCGGUCGACGAAGUCAUGAAGGAGCUGUGA